CCAAAGCGGACGGUUGUGAUGAAGGUUACAAGUCAAGCUCAACUCACAUCAUCAACAAUAGGCCGCAAUAGAGUGUAUAGAAACUUUCUACGCUUAUAAAGGCUUCAUCAACUCCGGUGUGUAUGUUCCAUUGUUAACUCCGUUUGCUAAACAACUUCAAUUUUUUGUUUCUUUAAGUUAGGUAUCCAUUUUUUUAUGUAUAGGGGAGCUAUUUGAUCAGAAUAAAAAAGUAUGGAAAAUAAGGAAAUAUCGACGAAGGCAACAGCGAUGACAAGCGAGUAUGAAGAUUUAUUACCAGUGAUGGCUGAGAAGCUUGAUGUAGAGACGUUUGUGUCAGAAUUAUGUGGGGGAUUUCGACUUCUUUCGGACCUGAAUAAGGGGCUGAUAACGCCGGAGAGUCUAAGGGAAAAUUCAGCAUAUCUAGGGAUGGAGGGGAUGACGAAAGAGGAGGCAGAGGCCAUGGUAAGAGAAGGAGAUCUUGAUGGAGAUGGAGCACUCAAUGAAACUGAGUUCUGCAUCUUAAUGGUCAGACUUAGCCCUGGAAUGAUGGAAGAUGCUGAGUUCUGGCUAGAAAAGGCUCUUGAACAAGAGCUAACCAAAUCUUCAUCUUGAUUCGUGGUCUCUGUAAGUGUUAAUUCUAUGGUGAGUGGUUGAAAACCUCUGUUGGUUUCGUCAUCAUCAUCAACUCUUUUGUGAUUGUAAGAACAGUUUGUUUCUUAAUGAAUAAUCAUCAUAUUCAUAAAAAAGCAUUGCCUGUCUGGUGAAUAUUGUACACUUAAUUGGCAAAUAUAAUAUUAGCUUUUGCCAUACACAAUAACAAGACUCCCUGCUUUCACAUUCA